UCCACCGUCGUGACGUCACGGAAGCGCCCGAGCAGCGGGGAAGCCGCCAGUGGCAGAGAGCUGGCGAGAUACGGGAAGGAGGGAGAGACGGGAGACAGGAGACAGGAGACGGACACGAGACCGGAGGACAAGCCCGACAAAAAAAAGAGAGACAGCAGCGCCGCACCCUUUGGCCGGCCGUCGGUUUACGGUACGAAGCGUCGCUCGGAGGUUUGACAGCAGCGCGGUAACCGAAGACGAGGUCGGUAACUGACGUGACUCCCGGAGGUGUCUGUCGGCGCUAAGAUGACGACGCCAUUAGAGGUCGAGAGGCAAAACAAAGCCGUGUGAUCAUAUGAACCGUCAGCUGACGCUUGAACCCGUAGGAGAGUCUGAAAAAGAACUUCUUUGAUCAGCGUUAUUGGCGAGGAGAUCCCGUCAGCCUGAGCCUCUUGGAUUUCCUUGCUGCCUUUAUCUAAAGGGAAGUCCCAUCGAUUCCCGCUUUCCGACAAAGCACAUUAAUUCCAGUGAGCUUUUUUCCGUUGGAAAGGCCUUAAUCACGACGAUGUCAACACUGGGUCAGGAUAUUUCCAGUCAAGAAGGACUACACUAGAAGUCUCAUUUUUUUUUUUUUUGGACAUCCACCGUUUCUUUUCUGAGCUUUUUUUUUUCUGUAAUCUUAAGAAUGUAUUUUUGAUUUGCCUGAUUUCCUCGGCCAUCCCCCAACCCCGCCCCCCCCCCCCCCGGUGCACACGCGCUCCGCCUCCUCCCGCCAUGUACGGCAGCUCGCGCUCCGUCUCCAAGCUCGAUGUCGUCGGAUCCAACGGCAACGGCUCCGGGAGCCCCGGGCGCUCGCCGCGCCUCCCGCGCUCCCCGCGCCUGGGCCACAGGCGAAACAGCAGCAGCAGCUCCGCCGGCGGGCUCACCGGCUCCUGCAAGACCCUCUCCAUGGAGAACAUCCAGUCCCUGAACGCCGCCUACGCCACGGGCGGCCCCAUGUACUUCGGCGACGCGGCCGACGACCCCGUCGGGAUGAACCCCUCCGUGCCCAAAGGCACCACCAUGACCCUGGGCAAGGCCGGGGCCCGGGUCCCCUACGGGAUCAGGGCGGCCGUCAUGGGGAGCAGUCCCAAUAUAAACAGCGGAGGGGGAGGUGGGGCGAUGCACAGUGAUGCAAUAGCCUUCGGGUCGGAGCUGCAGAACCAGAUUCAACAGGUGGCGACCGUGCCUCAUUCCAUGAGACAGGUGAGAGACGGAGCGAUGUCAGACCUGCAGACGCAGUUAAGAGAAGUGCUGAGAGAGAACGAACUACUACGCAGAGAACUGGAGGCCAAAGAGUCCAAGUUGAGCUCCUCGAUGAACUCCAUCAAGACGUUCUGGAGCCCAGAGCUGAAGAAAGAGAGAGCGCUGAGGAAGGACGAAGCCACAAAGAUGUCCGUGUGGAAGGAACAGUACCGAGUGGUGCAAGAGGAAACACAGCACUUUCAGUGCUCCAUCCAGGCCUUACAAGAUGAGCUCAGAAUCCAGCGGGACCUCAACCAGCUCUUCCAGUCCGACUACACCGAGUCCGUUCACCUCGGCAACCACCCCUUCGCACCGCAGGACAUGACGGAGGAGAACUUCCUGCGCCUCCACGGCGAGUACGAGCGGCAGGUGAAAGAGCUCUUCCUCCUGAGGAAGACUGUGGAAGAAAUGGAGCUGAGGAUAGAUACGCAGAAGCACACGCUAACCGCCAGGGACGAAUCCAUAAAGAAGUUACUGGAGAUGUUGCAGAGCAAAGGCCUGUCGUCACGGGCAACCGAGGAGGACCACGAGCGAACGAGGCGGCUGGCCGAUGCCGAGAUGACCAUCCACCAACUGGAGGGUCUGAUGGAGCAGAGAGACAAGGAGAUGCUACAGCUCAGAGAGGAGCUGCACAGGAGGUACGAGGCGGCGCCAGAGUCGACCAAGACCAAGGCCUUGCAGACCGUCAUCGAAAUGAAGGAUGCCAAGAUCAGCUCGAUGGAGCGCGGCCUGCGGGAGCUGGAGGACGAGGUGAACAUGCUCAAGUCCAACGGUGCUCUGAGCACCGAGGAGAGGGAGGAGGAGAUCAAACAGAUGGAGGUCUACAGAUCCCACGCCAAGUUCAUGAAGAAUAAGGUUGAGCAGCUGAAGGAGGAGCUAACUCACAGCCAAUCUGAGAAGGAGGAGCUAAGGCAGCGGGCCAAUGAGCUCCAGCGGGAGGUGUCCGCAAUUGAACAAGCCAAGCAGGAUCUGGGUCGUAAGGACAGCGAGCUUCUGGGUUUCAGGACCAAACUGGAAACUUUGAACAAUCAGUUUUCUGACAGCAAACAACACGUGGACGUACUGAAGGAGUCCCUCACUGCCAAGGAGCAGAGGGCCGCCAUACUGCAGACCGAGGUGGAUGCGCUGCGUCUCCGCCUAGAGGAGAAGGAGUCUCUCCUCGCUAAAAAGAGUCAGCAGAUAUCAGAGCUGACGGAGGAGAAGAGCACUCAGCACGGAGAGAUCAGCGACCUCAAAGACAUGCUGGACGUCAAAGAGCGUAAAGUGAUCGUGCUGCAGAAGAAGAUCGAGAACCUCCAGGAUCAGCUGAGGGACAAAGAGAAACAGCUGGGCGGACUGAAAGGCCGAGUCAAGUCUUUGCAGACGGACACCUCCAACACGGACACGGCGCUGGGGACGCUGGAGGAGGCUCUGGCCGAGAAGGAGCGGAUCAUCGAGCGGCUGAAGGAGCAGCGGGAGAGGGAGGAGAGAGAAAAGGGCGACGAGAUGGAGUCCAGCAAGAAGGAGCUGAAGGAGUUGAGGGGGAAGGUCUCCCAUCUGCAGGCUGACCUGGCUGACCGCGAGACGUCCGUGCUGGAUCUGAAGGAGAAGGCCUCCUCUCUGGCUUCCGCCGCUCUGAAGAAGGACAACAGGCUGAAGACCCUGGAGAUCAGCCUGGAGCAGAAGAGAGAGGAGUGUGUCAAACUAGAGAGCAAGCUCAAGAAGGCUCAGGGUGCAGCGGCGGAUUCCCAGGCCAACACUGAGCUCACGGAGCGCAUCUCCUGCCUGGAGGAGGAGGUGACGCGGCACAAAGAGGAUUCUGAGAAGGCCCAGGUGGAGGUGGAGCGGCUUCUGGACAUCCUGAGGGAGAUGGAGAACGAGAAGAACGACAAGGAGAAAAAGAUCAACGAACUGGAGAGAAAUCCCUCUGCCCCUCAUCUGUGGCAUUCUCAGCAAUCGCGAAAACAGGCCCCUCCCCCCGCGGCCUCUCAGCAGCCGAUGGGGGGGGUGGUGUGGGACUACUUGGGCACUCUCGCCUCAAGGCAGAUGAAGGACCAGUCGAAGAAGGUGGCCAACCUGAAGCACAUGGAGCAGCUGGAGAAGAGCCGCAACGCCCAGCUGAUGGAGGACGCCAAGAAGAGAGAGGACAAUCUGAACGAAAGCUCCCUGCAGAUAAAGGACUCCCUCCGUCAGAAGGAGGAGCGCAUCGAGGAGCUGGAGGAGGCGCUGCGGGAAAGCGUGCAGAUCACCGCCGAGAGGGAGGUGGUGCUCGCCCAGGAGGAGCAGGCACUCACACACUCCCAGAAACAGGUGGAGGACCUGCUGGUUGCCAUGGAGAGGGUGAAACAGGAACUGGACGUGAUGAAAGCCAAGCUGUCGUCAACUCAACUCUCCCUGGCCGAGAAGGAAGGUCACCUGACCGCCAUGCGGGCCGAGAGGCGGAAGCACCUGGGCGAGGUGCUGGAGAUGAAGCAAGAAGCCCUGCUGGCGGCCAUCAGCGAGAAAGACGCCAACAUCGCCCUGCUGGAGCUCUCCUCGUCCAAGAAGAAGAAAACCCAGGAGGAGGUGGCGGCUCUGAAGAGAGAGAAGGACGGUCUGGUUCAUCAGCUCAAGCAGCAGACGCAGAACCGGAUGAAGCUGAUGGCGGACAACUACGAGGACGACCACCUGAAGGUCUCCGCGCCGACCUCUGAGCAGCCCAACAACCACAAGCCCUCGCCGGACCAGAUUCUCUCUCCUCUCCUGGAUCUCAAUCACAACCGCAGUAAACUGAAGCUGUACAUCAGCCACCUGACCUCACUGUGUCAGGAACGGGACCCCAUCAUCCUGCAGGACUUCGCCCCGCCCCCCGCCUAUCACCGCUCCGACUCCGCCUCCUGGCACACGCAGGUGCACAGCAUGACACAGGAACAGUUGGAGGCGGAGCUAGCGCGGUGCGAGAUGGAAGGGGCGGAGCUCCAGGAGUACGCCAACCAGGUCCUGCAGCAGAUCGCCGAACGAUGCCCCGACAUUUUAGAGCAAGUGGUCAACGCACUCGAGGACAGCUGCUGACGCACGAGUGCACACACACACACACACACUCACACAGUGACAGAAACACACAAGCUUAUUCUGCUAGACACAUGUUGCUCCCCGCCCAUCUGAAUUUUGGAGGGGGAAAAAAAAAACAGAAAAACAUUUUUCCGACGUGUCUUUAGUCUUUUAAUCAUUUGUAACACACAGUGCCGGCUGAGGGAAAUGUUGUGCGUUGUGCUUGGUUGCCAUGCAUGUUAAUCGGAAGUUGUUCAUGUUAGACAUGUAACAUGUAUUUUUGUUACUACUUUGGAACAGAAGCCUUCACUGCUCUCGCCGUCCUUCCACAGCAGACUUGUUAUCGUGACUUGAUGUAUUUCAUGGAGGGGGG